UCAGCAUUCUCACUGCGCACCGCGUCCUCAAUCAGCAGCGGCAACUGCGGCUCAGCCGCCGACACCACAUACAGCUCCUCCACGUGGACCUCCACGUCCUGCUGUGAGCAGCUCUCGAUUUUCGGGUCGGCCUUCUUAACAAUUCCCUUAAUAUCCACAAUCGACUCCUUACUGAUUCCCGCGGCAAAUUUCACCAUCUGUUUACUGAUUUUCUCCCCUACGGCCAGAUAGGCUUGCACGGUGAACUGCUGCUGACGCAGGACGAAGAAACACUGCUUUCCUUUCGCGCGACUGGUUUGGACGCGCGCACGGACCCAUAAGGACUGAUCGGCCACGGCCACGCCGAGAUCUUUCAGUUUCGUGAGGGUGCGAUCCGGUUUGGAUGUCGACUGGAUCAGGGGGAGUUUACCGUAGAGAUCUUUGGAGAUGUCUUCGCCGUCGGGGCCGUCCGUGGCGGCCGCAUUAUCGCCGGCGGCUUGUUUCUUCUCCUGGAUCAGUUCGGCUUUCUUGGCUGCCUUCUCGGCUUUCUUCUGGGCCUUCUUCGAGGGCUGCUGAUUUUCCGCGUUCUGUGCGUCAGACGUUUUCAGGCGUGAGACGGAGUAACUGUAAAACUGGGGCAAAUGCGCAGUUUUAAAUCAGAAUGCCUUAUCGCACGGUUCCGCUUUGCUGUUAAAUCCGGUGACGAUUAAAGUUAACUGAUUUUGCGAAAUUGGGCAUCAUCAACACUGCAUCGGCCACGCAUUCGGGUGAUAAGCUUGGAGCCUGGAAUACUUGGCAGACCCGCGCAGUUAUCUGUGUUUCUGUGUUUGGAUUUUUUGAUGAAAAUUGGCAGUCACUGAAUGUCAGAACUUGCAAUUGCGAAAGAGUUUUACAGUUCGCUUUUACGUCUACCCCAAUUCGUCAGAAUGCGGAUUGUCCGAUCGCGGGACCAAUACUUGAAGUCUUAAACCCAGUUGGAGUGCAGCAAGGAAUUGCCUGUUCCGCUUAACUUAAUCACGGCAUAACCGUCACUGCAACACUCUCCGGAAUCCGGAUUGACGCUAUUGUUCGCCAGCAAUUAGACUCUAACAGCGCGCCUGUUGUCUUCCUGUGUUUCCAUCGACAACUGAUUAUUACUUAAAUGGCUGCAAUGGAAACGAAAAGCUCGAAAUCGCGCAGAAGAUCAAAAUCCCGUAGACUAGAUCCUAGCAUUGCUGAGUUACUGGAGAGCUUCAUUGGAAAUCUCCGAAUGGAGGUGCAGUCCAUAACCGAGGAAGGAAUGCAGAUGGAGUUUGAUUUGAUUGGCACGGUCCCUUCGAUUGCUAAUGCAGUUCGCCGCGUUCUUCUGGUCGAGGUCCCCUCAAUGGCACCAGAAACCGUCCUCUUAGAGCAGAACAACACCGCCCUGCAGGACGAGGUGCUGGGCCACCGUAUCGGCCUGAUCCCUUUCCGCGCCGAUCCCCGCAAAUUCAAAUUCCGCGAACUGAAAUCCCGCUCCGAUCAUCCGGACUACGCCCUGAUCUUCGGCCUGAAAGUGACAGCCCCCAAGCAGUCCCUCGACACGGACAAGCGCUUCAUCAGUACCAAAGUGUACUCCAAAGACUUCUUCUGGACUCGUGAUUCCCUUCUACACGAUCCCUCCGAGAGCGAUGAACAGCGUCGGCCGGUGCAUGACGAUAUCCUGAUCAAUGUAAUGAGGCCGAAUCAGGAGAUGGAUCUGAAGAUCCAUGUGGUGAAGGGUAUUGGGAAGGAUCAUAUUAAAUUCUCACCGGUCUCCUUGGCUUCCUACAGGCAUUUGCCGUUGAUCAAGUUGAACGACAAGACUAUUGUGGAAGGAGAGGAUGCGGAAUUGCUACAACAGUGUUUUUCCAAAGGUCUGAUUGAUAUUGUGGAAGACAAAAAGGGUAGGAGAAAGGCGAAAGUGAUUAAUCCGCGGUUGGAUUGUGGAAGUCGCAAUUUGCUGCGGUAUCCGGAAAUCAGCAAAAAUUUGGAACUGGGUUCCGUUAAGGAUCAUUUUAUUUUCUCCGUGGAAUCUAUUGGUGCCUUGCCGGCUGCUGUUUUAAUUAAGGAGGCUUGUCGGGUUCUUAGAGAACGCUGUGAAUAUCAUUUUCUUAGCAUUGGCUGUGGUCGGCAAGACGCAGAUGCUUAGCGGCAGAAAUUGUUUUCCAAAGGCCACAAUAAAAGCGA